UGCGAAUACUAGUUCAUUACGAGCGGUGGCGACAGCUGCGCUGAUCCACAGAGGGAUGAGAGACAUGCACGUUUUAACCGUUGUGUUCGCCGUUGUAUUUGUCGUUAGUCAGACUGAAGCCUGGGGAUACAAGAAUGGAAUACUGCACAACUCCAUCUGGCUUGAGGAAGCAGCUGGAGUGUCCCACCGUGAGUCUCGCAAGGGGAGAUAUCAGCUGACGUAUAAUGAAGCCACUGCUGUGUGCAAAUUUGAGGGGGGGGCUCUUGCUACAUAUGAUCAACUAGAGGCUGCUCGCCAAAUUGGGUUCCAUAUGUGUGCAGCUGGAUGGUUUGACAAAGGACGUGUGGGCUAUCCUAUCGUUAAAGCUGGCUCCUACUGUGGUUUCGGAAAGGUUGGAAUCAUUGAUUACGGAUACCGGCUGAACAAAAGUGAGAAGUGGGAUGUCUACUGCUACAACCCUGGAGCCAAAGAGUGUGGAGGAGUGCACACAGAUCCGCAGAAGGUUUUCCAUUCGCCUGGUUAUCCAGAGAGCUACCAGAAUGAGCAGAUUUGCUACUGGCACAUUCGUGUACGCUACGGCCAAAGGGUCCGCCUGCACUUCUUAGACUUUGACAUUGAGGAGGACACAGCUUGUCUCAGUGAUUAUUUGGAGAUCUAUAACAGCUAUGAUGAUGUUUCAGGAUUUGUUGGAAGAUACUGUGGGGAUGAACUUCCAGAGGACUUCAUCAGUACAGGAAACGUAAUGACCCUGAAAUUCAUCUCUGAUUCCUCUGUGACGGCUGGAGGGUUUCAACUGCAGUACAUUGCUGUGAACUCUUCUGAUGAUGAUGAUGAUGAUGAUGAUGAUGAUGAUGACGACAACUUCUCUUGACCUUUUUGUUAAUACACCAGAAUUACUUUUUACCGCUGUGUCAUUUUUUUCAUUAUUAUUUUUCACCUAAUAUGCACUAUUAAUGCUAACAAUAAUCACAAUUAUAAUCCCAUCCUUCUCUAAUAAACCAGAUAAAUUACAUGUCUUAAAAAUAUGCGGACACCCUCUUCUGAUUAACAGGUUUAGCUAUUCCAGUAGAAGAAGAAUCUGGAUGUUACAACAUAAAAUGGCUUCUUAGUGUAUUGUAUGCUUCCAACAUUGGGGUAAUAGUUUGUGUAGAGCCUUUUCUGUUCCAGCAAGUCAAUGCCCCUGUGCAUUUUUUUGAAUCUGGUGUAAAAGAAAUUGACUGGCCUGAUGAAUUUGAAAGCCAACUGUGCACCAGGUUACAUCGCCCAACAUCAGUGCCUGACCUAACUCACACUCUUGUGGCUGAAUGAAAGCAAAUACCAGCAGCCAUGUUCCAACAGUGUAAAAAUUUACCAGAAGAGUGAAAGAGACAAUGACUGUUGCUUUGAAAUUAAAUGUUCAACGAGGUUGGGUAGAUUACUUCUAAAUUGUAAUCUGGUACUGAUUACAAAUUACAGGACUAAAUUGCAGUCAGUAAUGUAAUCUCUUGGAUUACAUUUGAAAGAUUACUGUUUUGGAUUACUUCUGACCUAGUUCAUAUGAAGUCACGUGCAUUUGAGAAGCUUUUUGACAAUGCUACAUAAACGCAUAAAAGAAAACUUAAUGGAUCAAAAUAUGAGAAUUUGUAUGUUUUGUGU